GAAGAGAAAAUAUCUCAUGAGAUUAACGGUCUGAGGAUCCGGUGCAUAUGGGCAAAGUCCCCUUGAAUACACGGACAAAGCUCACAUGGCCAGUGGUGUCUUAGCUCCACUUUACGGCGGUUCUUCCUCAAUUAUCUUCUAAUAACCGCCAUCACAUGCGUCCAAGCUCCAAGAAUCAGCUCGAAUCUCACUGCAUCAUUUCCAUUCGGAUUAAAAUAAUCUAAAUAGAAUCAUUUCAAUGAUAUUUGGUUUUUUUUGAUCGUGAGAGCUAAGUAAAAUCACAUUCAUAAUGUGUUCGCUACAAAUUCCAAGUUUCAGAGGCUUUGAUCACUCUCCUUUCAACGGGAGCUUCUCUUCUUCGACGAAGAGGUUAGGAAAAAUUGAGAGUUGUUCGUCCUUUUGGGGUAAGGAAUUGUGUUUGAGCAAUGAACUGGCGGUUGAUAAGCGGUUGCCACGCCGAAGGAUUUCUAGGGUUAUCGCGAUGUCUGCUUCGAAUGUUUCGUCUUUCAAGAUGAAUUUGAACGAGUACAUGGUCGUACUGGAGAAGCCGCUCGGCAUUCGCUUCGCCCUCUCCGUUGACGGAAAGAUUUUCGUUCAUGCUCUCAAGAAGGGGGGAAAUGCUGAAAAGUCGAGAAUAGUUAUGGUGGGUGAUACUCUGAAAAAGGCGGGUGAAUCUAGUCUUACUGAGAUCAAGGACUUUGGUGAUAUAGAGAAGUUGAUGCAAGAUAACUCAGGAUCCUGUAGCCUUGUUCUUGAAAGACCUUUCUCCCCAUUUCCUAUCCACCAGUUGUAUCUUAUGGAUGAUGUUGAUAUUCUUUUCAAUAGAGGUCGUGUUCCUGUAGUCACUUGGAACAAGAAUUUGCUUUCCUCAAACUUAAGAACGUCGUGUGAGAGCAGUGGGAAUUCUGGAUUUGCCUCAUUUUCACCUAAAUUUCUUACUUCCCAAGGAUGGAAAGUUUUGGAUAGUCAAAAUGAAAUCAGAGAGCAAAAUGCACUGAACAAUACCCCUCCGAUACCGUUUAGUCCGCUUGUGAAUAUCUUCUGUGAGAGCAACACAGGAGAUGCUGAAUGGGCUCAUGGGAGUUUUCCAUUAGAAGAAUACAUAAAGGCGUUGGACCGAUCAAAGGGGGAGCUAUACUACAAUCAUGCUCUUGGUAUGAGAUAUAGCAAGAUCACAGAACAAAUAUAUGUUGGAUCAUGCAUACAAAGGGAAGCCGAUGUUGAGAUGCUGUCUAAUGUUGUGGGGAUCAAUGCUGUGCUGAACUUUCAGGGUGGAAUUGAGGCAGAAAAUUGGGGAAUCAAUUCAAAAGAAAUUAAUGAAUCAUGCCAAAAGUUUAAUAUCCUUAUGAUCAACUAUCCCAUAAGGGAGGGAGAUUCUUUUGACAUGAGGAAGAAACUACCAUUUUGCGUUGGCCUACUUCUUCGCUUGUUGAAAAAGAACCAUCGUGUUUAUGUCACCUGCACCAAUGGUUUUGAUCGAUCUCCCGCUUGUGUGAUUGCAUACCUUCAUUGGAUGACAGAUACUUCCCUUCAUGCUGCCUACAAUUUUGUCACUGGCUUGCAUUCAUGCAAGCCUGACAGGCCAGCCAUUGCAUGGGGAACAUGGGAUCUGAUAGCUAUGGUGGAAAAUGGUAGACACGAUGGACCUGCAACACAUGCAGUUACCUUUGUGUGGAAUGGACCUGAGGGAGAUAAUGUCUUCUUGGUUGGGGAUUUUACGGGGAACUGGAAAGAACCGAUUAGAGCAGUCCACAAAACUGGCCCUAGAUUUGAGGCUGAAGUUAGACUCUCACAGGGAAAGUACUACUAUAAGUACAUUAUAAAUGGACAAUGGAGACAUUCGACAGAUUCAGCGACUGAAAGGGAUGAGAGAGGCAAUACUAAUAAUGUGAUUGUGGUGGGUGAUAUUGCCAGUGUGAGGCCUUCUAUGCAACAGCAGACGAAGGGUGCAAAUAUCAUCAAGGUUAUAGAGAGACCAUUGACAGAAAACGAGCGCUUUAUGCUUGCAAAAGCUGCUCGGUGUAUUGCAUUCUCUAUUUGCCCUAUAAGGCUAGCACCAAAAUAGCGGACUAUACUACUACAGCAUUCUCAUGAAGGCUAGUGGUAACCCAGGUCAGUGAUGUGGUGUGAGAUUGGCGUAUUCAGAAGAAUUAUGAAGGCUAGUAACCCAGGUCAGUAAUGUGUGCGAGAUUGACAUUCAGAGGAAUCAGAAUCGUGAGAUCAACUCAUAGAUCAGUUUAAGAUUUUGACGUUACCAAAUUGAAUAAAUCAGCUAUAUGGCCAUAUGGGUAAAUCAGCUAUAUGGGUUGACCAAACAGGUCAGCAACUCAUUUGGUAGAUAUUAAGUAAGGGAUAGCUGUUGACUGUUGUUAUGAAUAAAAACAUUCUUAAUAGAAAGUUAUAAAUGAUAUUAAUUCUCACAUAUCUUAUC